CAAUUGAACUUGCACUAGCUGUUGGCUUGCUGUGGGUGUGGGUGUGACUGUGUGCGAGAGGGUCAGUAUGUGGAAAGCCGUAGUGUUGGUGGUGUGUCUGCUGGUGGCGGGGAUCCAUGGCAUGGAGGGACCGUCAUACGGCGUGAAGCUCUGCGGGCGGGAGUUCAUCCGAGCAGUCAUAUUCACCUGUGGGGGUUCCCGCUGGAAGCGAUCCCUGGGUAGCAAAGAAGUAGAUGCGUGGGGCUCCCAGGACGAACCGAUAUCUGACCAGCCCAGCGGUGUAGACAGCAGCCUCCAGCUUGAAGAAAUUGGAGAAAGUGGGUUCAAGCGGACGGUCCGGUCCGUCAUCUCAGAGGAAAUCCUGCAGGCCCUGCGCAGGGACGACCGCAAAGGCCGCGGUGUGGUGGUGGGGCUGUCCAACGCCUGCUGCAAGUGGGGCUGCAGCAAGAGCGAAAUCAGCUCUCUCUGCUGA